CUCACAGCCAGUUCCUCCCUGUACGCCUGGCCUUGGAAGGAACCCUUCAGAGCCCCCUUAGGUCUCAGGGAUGCCCGCUCCCCAGCUGGCUUCCAUGGCCUCCUCAACUCUGUGACCAGACUGGGCCCUGCCGGAGGAGACAAGGCAGGCCUGAGGACAUAGUCAUCCUCAGCACCCUCACUCUCUCAGAUCAAUUAACCUUUAGAGCUGCAUUAAGGAAAUUCGGCGGCAAGCGUCCCAGCUAACAGACCCCAGCGGGGUCUGGAGCAAGGAGGUAGGAGAGAGUCCCCUGCUGGCCAGUGCUGCCUCCCCUCUGCUGUCACCUGUCCUGCUCCUGGGCCCUAGAGGGCCCCUUCCCCAAGAGAGGUCUGAAGAGGCAGCAAGGCACAGGAGCGGGGAGGGCCCCCUGAGCCAGCUGGAUGAUGAGUGGCUUGCACUAGACCUGACCUUCAGAACUUCUGUGCCUCAGUUUCCCCAUCCUUCCUUGGCGCAUUUGCCCGGAAGAGCUCUCAGGGCCCUUCUGACCUGAUAUCUGUGGAUUCUAAGACUGAGGCCCUUUGGAGGCUGACUCUCUUCUGACAUCUGAGGAAGGGUCAGACACCAGGAGGAGGGAAAGGGAAGGAAGCAGCUCAAACUCUUGGCGGAGGGCAGUGAGCAGAGGCAGGGAUGGGGGGGUACCAGGGAGUGGGAGCUGAACCCAGAGCCCUAGAGAGUGCUGGGGUCCCUUGGAGAGGAGGGGGCCAGGAGGAGGGCAGACUUCACGGGCUUGGUGGAGAGCCAGGGAGGCAGGAAGAGGUGGGCUGUUCCCUCCAGAGAGGACUCCUCCAUGCUCCCGAGCCUUGGUCAGGGAAGGCGCACACCCCACCCGCACUGCCUUCACGAGCGGUUCUCAGGCAACUCCUACAGGUACCCCCACCUGCCCCCAUCCUGGGUCUGGACUCUGAGGCUCCCUGCAUUUCCCUCCAAGCAGUCUUCACCACAUUCAAGCCUCAGGGCUCCACAUCGGAUGUGCAGACUCAGGAUGACCUCUGUUCCCACCUCCUCCACAACUGUUGCUCCCUGCGAUCACUCCUUGUGGCCCCAAGGGCAGGGGCUAGGAGCCUGAGCCUCUGUGCACAUGCCCGCACGUGACUGCACGCUCUGCCUGUGUGCAUGGGGUGUGCAUGAGUGCACACACUUGCCUGCUGGGAGGUCAGCUUCUCCUUCCAGUAAACUCCAUGCUGAAAUUCUUACCCUUUGUAUUUUUUCUUAUAUGUCAAGAAGCAUGCAUGCGCCCUGGGAGGGGGCCCAGGGCUCAGAGACCCGUGUCCUGGUGGGAGGAGCAAGGAUUCAGAGACUCAGAACCUCCCCACCCUCAGGCCAGGGCAGGCGUGCCGAUGCUCUCCGUCCAGCCCAAAGGCAAGCAGAAGGGCUGUGCGGGCUGCAACCGCAAGAUCAAGGACCGCUACCUGCUGAAGGCGCUGGACAAGUACUGGCAUGAGGACUGCCUCAAGUGUGCCUGCUGUGACUGCCGCCUGGGGGAGGUGGGCUCCACCCUCUACACCAAGGCCAACCUCAUCCUAUGCCGGCGCGACUACCUGAGGCUUUUUGGCACCACAGGCAACUGCGCUGCCUGCAGCAAGCUGAUCCCAGCCUUCGAGAUGGUGAUGCGGGCCCGGGACAACGUAUAUCACCUCGACUGCUUCGCUUGCCAGCUCUGCAACCAGAGAUUUUGUGUGGGAGACAAAUUCUUCCUGAAGAACAACAUGAUCUUGUGUCAGAUGGACUAUGAGGAGGGACAGCUCAAUGGCACCUUUGAAUCCCAGGUUCAGUAAUGCCCGGCGCCUGGCCUCCAGGCCCAUCUGUCCGUCUGCCUGUCUGCCUGUCUGCCCAUCUGCCCACCCGCCUGGCCGGCCAGCCACUCUCCUGCCGAUUAGAACUCCUCCGUCCUCGAUGGGAGGGACGGCCCUUCCUCUGCCGCCCGUCUGUGUGUGACCCCUCCUGGGGCCAGGCUGGGCCUGUACAGUCUGUCUUCUGUAUAUAAAUGGGAACAUUUAUUUUAUGAGAAAUGUAAUGCGAUUUUAUUACUGGCGUGGAUUAAACUUAUGAAUGUUUCCGGGGA